CGCUCCUGCGCCGGGGACUCGUCGCGGCGGCAGCAGCAGCAGUAGCAGCAGCGGAGCGGAGCGGAGGCAUCGCGGGUUGAAGACGCCGCGGUGGAAACGGCCGCGGCUGACGCCGGUCCUCCUUCCUUCUCUUUCGCGCUAGGCUGCGCGGCCGCGCAAGUCUCACCGCCCGGCUUUCCUUUUCCUGCCGCUGCGGCGCACACCGCGGAUCUCGCAACAGGAGAGAAAGAGACGUUUUGACGCUGCGACACCCCCCCCGUUUUGUUAUUUUUAUUAUUAUUAUUUUAAUUUUUUUAUUAUUAUUUUUUGCCCCCUUUUUCUUUACCUGCUGCGCUCCGGGGUCUUUGCCGGCGACAAGGACAGCAGUGCCCCCCGGGGAAGCCGGAGCCCUGCGGAUGCGCCUCCCCGGGACCGGGGGAGCUGACUCUCGGAGUGGAUUUAUUGACUCGCGAUUGCUUCCGAGCUCCCCGAAACAGCCCGGGCUGGUGCCUGUGCGGAUUGCAAACUGCAGGGAGCAGUGAGAGACACACAGGAGGAGCCUCCUGCUGAGGCUGUGUCCCUUUUCCCCAACCGCUUUUUCUCCCACCACCAUUUCUUUUAUUUUACCUUUUUUUUUGACUCAUUUUCGCGCGAGCCUUAGACACUGUGAACGUGUAUGGCGCACUGGAUCCAAAUGGGAGUUGGCAGUUUGAGUGGCAUCUUCCAAGGCAGCCGGGAGACCCCCAGUAAGAGGAAGGACUGAGGCGAUUCCAUUUUUUUUAAUUUUUUUUUUUUUGUUAUUGCUGUUGUUACUUCGGAGGUAGCUUGGAUCUUACCUCGCAGGAGAAUUUCCUACAUGCGAGUGGCAUACAUGACUCAGUAGAUCUGUUUGCAGCUCUCACCAAGUGCAUCGUCGACCCUUCGCAUGUGAUUUUAAUUUUAUUUUUUUUAAUUCUUUCUUCCCUACCAAUCGUCCCGGCUGUUGGGAUACCGAGCACCCAGCCUGCUGUUGCUGCUCAGGUGCGGGGAAGCCGCACGGCGGAGUUGGCGAGGCUCCGGGGAGGGACUCGGUGCCGCCUGCGACCAUGGCAGCGCGGAGGCGAGACGCCUCCGCCUGGAAGUACUGUUGGGGAGUCGUGAUGGUUUUAUGCAGAACUGCACUGGCGAGGUCCAUCGUUUUAGACCCCAUAUAUUGGAAUUCCUCCAACCCCAAAUUCCUUCCUGGACAAGGAUUGGUACUAUAUCCUCAGAUAGGAGACAAACUGGAUAUUAUAUGCCCAAAGGUGGACUCUAAAACUGUUGGCCAAUAUGAAUAUUAUAAGGUCUACAUGGUUGAUAAAGACCAAGCAGAUAGCUGUGCUAUUAAAAAGGACAAUACACCUCUACUCAACUGUGCCAAGCCAGAUCAAGAUGUUAAGUUUACCAUCAAAUUUCAAGAGUUCAGUCCUAAUCUCUGGGGCCUGGAAUUUCAGAAGAACAAAGAUUAUUACGUCAUAUCAACAUCAAAUGGGUCUUUGGAGGGCCUGGAUAACCAGGAGGGAGGGGUGUGCCAGACAAAAACCAUGAAGAUCCUCAUGAAAGUUGGACAAGAUCCCAACUCGGCGGGGCUGCCCCGGAACACGGAUCCCACCAAGCGCCCCGAGCAGGAAGCUGGCACCAACGGGAAGAGUUCCACCACCAGCCCCUUUGUGAAGGACCACUCAGGAUCUAGCACAGAUGGCAGUAAGGCUGGGCAUUCCAGUAUACUGGGUUCAGAGGUGGCCUUAUUUGCAGGGAUUGCAUCAGGGUGCAUCAUUUUCAUCGUCAUCAUCAUCACUUUGGUGGUUCUUUUGUUGAAGUACAGGAGAAGACACAGGAAGCAUUCCCCGCAACACACGACAACUCUCUCACUCAGUACGUUAGCCACCCCAAAACGCAGUGGCAACAACAAUGGUUCUGAGCCCAGUGACAUUAUCAUUCCUCUAAGGACUGCAGACAGUGUCUUUUGCCCCCACUACGAAAAGGUCAGCGGCGACUAUGGACAUCCGGUGUACAUAGUUCAAGAGAUGCCUCCUCAGAGUCCAGCAAACAUUUAUUACAAGGUCUGAGAAACACACAACCAACUCUGUGGUACAGUUGAGUCGUAGAGGAAACUCACUGGUCAAAUGCUUUCUGUUGGGGUUUGUGAUGAUGCCUUGUGCGCUAGCAUUGACUCAAGCACACGGGGGGAGAAGGCGCAAGCUCUUUCUCCAGGAGCCAACACGAGCUGGACAGCUUACCUAGUCUGUAGAAUUCCUAUCUCGGUGAAUAAGUAUUCACUAAAAGCUGGAAGACUUUUACGUAGAAGAUGCCCAUUCUGAUUGCUGUACUCUUGUUACGUUCAUCAUCCUCAAAGCCAUGUGCUGCGGGCGUUCAGGCAUGUGCAAAAGCCAAGGGAAGACGGAGUGAUCCGUGGAUGUUAAUAGCUCUAGGCAUCCUGGGAAGGUGCUCUAGGAUAUAUCAAGCUUGAAAUGCAAUCUUCUGACUUUUGUGUGUCUCUCUCAGUGCGUACUGGAUUUGUCACACAGACCUUGGUGUCUAAGUAAGACUUGUUAAAGUUCUCUUGCUUUUAGUCCGUCACUGUUCCAUUUGUUUCUGUUAUUCGAGGCUCUGCCAUCCUUCACAUAAGAUUUCCUUUCACUCCACCUCCCGAAUCACUAAUGGAACAUUAAUGUUUGGAGAUCCGCGCUCCAUCCAUCUGCUACAGCAGCCUCACUCGAAUGGGUAAUGCAUUUAUAGAAUUUGUGUUUGAUAGUAAGGAGCCUUCCAGCCAAAAUGUUAGGCUGUCAACAAAGUCAAGAGCAGGACUGGGUGGUGGAGGGAAGGGCUGACUGCAGUUGCAGUUGAAUACUGCUGCCUCAAAACUAGAAGCUGGGAAGAAAAAAGAAAAAAAAAACAAAAAAAAAAACAAAAAACAAAAACAAAA